AUGGUCACCGCCCAAUAUGGCCCGCAUGAUAUCGAAGGAUUGCCUCCAUCGGUUAAAGUAUAUCACUACAAGGGUAUGGAUGACCUUUGUCUAGUCCUCUCACUUGAGUGUAAUCGUUUGUAUAGCUCUUUCUGCGCUGCACAAAAUACCGAAGCACUUACUAGUGGUGGAAGGCGCGAAAGAGGGCAAGACGAUCUGAUUACGCUGCCACAGACGGAAGGCACACAGAGCGAUCACGUUAUGUUUAUCAUUCAGCCUUCGACUUUCACACGCGACUUCCUGCACUUAGCAGAAGAUCGUCCUUUUCGUGGCAGGAUAUCAUACAGUCCGAAAACAAAUAUCCUUGUCGUGAAGAUGCCUCUCCCAGCCCACGAGCAAGCCUCAAUUGCUUUUGACGACACGCUCAAACUCGCCCUCCAGGAAAUGGACCUACACAAAGCGAUUUACUCAUGGGGACGUACCAGGUUGACUAGCGGAGAUGGCAUAACCAAGGAGGCAGACGGGGGAUGGAGUCCACGAAGACCACCCCGCGGAGCUUCUAAGAGACCCUCGGUGGUUAUAGAAGUCGCUUCAUCGGAGACUUCCGGAAAACUUCGCCGCGAUGCCCACUACUGGGUAGAUCCAGCGAGAGGACAGGCCAACAUGGCUAUCGCAGUCAAAGUCUAUGCCAAAAAGACCCAGAUCACUAUCGAGCAGUGGGAGUGGAACUCUCAGCUCUCCCGACCUAUCUCAAAAUCAUGCUUGACUAUAAAGAAGUCUGGUGAUAAAAUCCACUUUCAUCCCGACCAGCCUACACCACAGCUCCUUAUUCCCUUUCACCUUCUUUUCCGACGGCCAGCGGAGAACAACAGAGAAUGCGACAUAGUGUUUUCAACACAAGAACUCGUCGAGUUCGCUACUGUGGUGUGGGGAAUGCAAUUCGAGAAUGAACAAGCAUGA